AUGAAAACUCGAUUUUCGAAAAACGGGCCUAAAGAUAUUCUUAAAGAUGAGGCUUGUAAAAUACCAUGCAAGAAGUUCUUCACUAGUGGCGAAUGCGUGUUUGGAAAUAACUGCAAAUUCUCUCAUUAUUCGGCUUUAGAGAUUCAAGCACUUGAAAAAAUCGUAACAUGGAGGAAUCAAACACAAAGUGAAAUUAGUGUAGAAGAUGGACGUCAAGCGCAUGAUAUAAUGAAUGAAUAUUUUCAACAUCCAGUCGUUACAGCUUGCAAAGAAGUCAUAUAUCCAGCAUGGAAUAUUACUUCUGCUUUAAAAACUUACGAAAAUUCGUCACCAUCUCUGUCAUUAAUAUUACCUCAACAUAUUACUGAUUCAAACUUUGAAAAAUGGGGUUUUAAAGAAUAA